AUGGGCAACGACCAUUCCUCUAAAAUUGUUGGAGGGAAAAGCAAGGACCAUUUAAAUGUUUCUGAAGAACAAAAUCAAGCUGAAAUCUCUCAGAGACGUUUAUCUUCUUUUAAUAAAUUAAAUCAACUUCCCUCAACCAAACAAUGCAAAUUAAAAACAAAUAGACCUUUAUCUCCUCAACAUUUUGUUGAUUCUCCCGAUUUAAGUGAACAAACUUGUAGUAAAUUUGAUAAAAGAAAACAAUCAGGUGAAAACUUAAGUGAAAGUUAAAUUUUAUAUAAAAUUACGAAAAAAUAAAAUUAAAAUUGCGACAAAAAUUGUAAAUAUAAGGGAGAUGGUAGGUUGAAAAAAUUACAAAUAAGUCUCUCAGUUUCAUAUUAUCUUGAAUAUUAUUACUACAUUGGAAUACCCCUAAUAUGGCACGACGAAUUUUGGUGUCACCUUUAGAGUUGGCAGAUCCAGGGAAAUCUUAGGAUAUCUGGAUCCAAUAUCCGAACCGAAAAUUUCCGAAUGUUCAGACUUUUCGGUUCUGGUAUCCGGAUCCACCAACGCUAGUCACCUCACUAUUAAAUACACCCUCGGGCUGAAAUCUCAAGUGCACAUUAUUCAGCUCUCUCCCACACCCAAUUGAGAAUUUAAUUCCAAAUCUAUC